UUGUGAUUAUUAAUAUAAACAAUCAGACUGAUAUGUUCAGUGAUUAUUUACAUAAACAAUCGAAAAUCGAUAUUGAUAGUUAAAUGAAGUGUCCCGUUAUUGUGCUGUGUGGUGUUUGUUUUGUGGCAGUGCGAGUUCUUAUAACUUCAGUCUUAUGUUACAUUAUAAACAUUGCGAGACUUGUGUAAUAUGUUUCAAUAAAACCAAAUAUUUAGAUCUUAUUUGCGAGAAAAGGAAGGAAGAUGACUAGACUUAUUGACUUUCAUUUAAAAUUGUUAAAAAAUGUGAUCGUAAGAGUGUCGUUAAAUUUGAAGUUUUGACGCUGACGCUAGCAUGGUUCGUGCAUGAUGAAAUGGCAAUCAACAUUAUGCUGUAUCAUGAUGCUUAUGUGGCCCAAGAGUACGUCGCAGGAAUCCUUCACCGGUAUCAAUACAAUUUUACGAGGGUUCAUCGGCAGGACGACGAACUCGGACGAUCUAGAAACAAUACCGAUACAGGAUGAAGACUUGGAGAACACAUCGUUGGCUCCGGACUUGAUGUCAAGUCUGUCUGCAAGUUUGGAAACGAGAGAUGAUUCUGUAAAUGAAAUGCAUUCCACUACGCACUUAAUUCCAAGUGCAGAAAUACAUGGACUUUCGGUCCCAACAGAAAUUAACUUCAAUCGUUACAAAGUUCAACACGCGGGUCUGCCGAGCGGUGUCCAAGUGACCCCGCUACCUCUCGUCGGCUCCGACCACGAGUUAAUGUUUAAUGUAACAUGGAACCCACCGACUGGUCCGCAAGUUCGUGAAUAUUCUCUAGAGGUCCACAGUUUGACUGACACAGUGGACUGCAGAUCAAACUUGUGCUACGAAUACAACAUUCCAGGGGAAUCGCUCUGGAGUGUGAUCCCAGCAUAUGCCAGUCCAGUACCCGAAGGUUGUGCAGUGAGACCAGGUUGUGCAUAUCUAGUGAAGUUAAUUGCACAUCCAUGGGAUGGUCACACAGUUGCUAAUCUGUUGGUUGAACUUGCUGAAUGUGUAGCUGGAAUUUGUUCCUGCGCCCACGCACCAAGACUACCAACGCCUAAAGUAUCAGCAAAAAUCCUAUCGAUACAAGGGGAGCUGUUUGUAAAUGUCACGUGGACUUUACAAAAACCGAAGGAAUCGCGACGGCUACCACCAAGAUUGAAGAAAAGCUUUUAUUUUGUCAGUAUUGGGAAACAAAUGGUGUCAGAUGUACAUCCCGCCCCUUGGUUCGCCUACACGAUAUCGCGAAGAGUUGAUGCAGUAGGAUUCGUCGUCGAACCAGAUGCGAGUCAAUGGCAGCUGCUCCCAGUCACAGAACGCAGCGGCCAACGAAGCGAUAAGCGGAGCGAUCAAAACAUCUUGCUUGACGUUAAGCUAUUAGCUCGAGUUAGCUUGGUCGACGAACGAGGAUGCAUCGGCCCGCCAGGAAAUACUACAGCUUAUGAUCCGGCAUAUGUCAGAAGAUCUCCUAUUGGUGCAUUUGCGUUGUGGGCUGCAUUUGGAGGAGCCUGCAUGUUGGGGAUAGUUGCAGUACUAGCCUGCAGUGCAAGAGCAGUUAAGAGAGUGUUAAAUGCAUUCCGUCCCACUUCUGCAUCCACUGCACUGCAACCUUUAGGUCAUCGACCACUUUGGUUCCCGCUCGGCACAAACAGCGAUAUUCCAUGUCGAGGUCAAAUGGAAGAAAGCCCGCUCUACGUACAUAAGGAAUUUGAGACCGAAGAAAGUGAUGUUGAUCACUUUGAAGUAAGCCGGUCUCGCGUACAUCUUGGCGCACUGAUCGGCAGCGGUGCGUUUGGGCGCGUACACGCAGCUCAACUGGACAUGGCGGGCGGAGAAACUAUAACAGUGGCUGCUAAAAUGUUAUCUGAUAACGCCACGGAGGAAGAGAUGCAAGACUUCCUUCGAGAAAUAGUCAUGUUGAAACAUGUCGGCUCACAUAAACAUGUCAUCAGACUGAUAGCGUGCUGCACGCGGCGGUCGCCACUAAUAGCGCUUUUAGAACAUGCUCCAAGAGGAGACUUGCUCACUCUACUUCGAGCGGCAAGAGGACGGCGAAACAUUGAUGAACAAAAAACAAGUGGAUCAAUUUCUGAACGUGGCCCCAACGGUCGCCCGUCUGAAGCUGAUACGGAGUAUACCAACUUGAGUGAUUCCGAUCCACCAAUUUGUGAAAAUUCAGACGGCAAGCUAUAUAUUGAUGCUAAUGAGACAAAGAGCAAGGAUCACUACGUGGCUGAACCAGCGUUACAGCUGGAUAGCGCAACGAUGCGCGAAUAUGCUUUGCAAGUAGCACUAGGUAUGCAACAUUUAGAAGAAAGGGGCAUCACCCACCGGGAUCUUGCAGCCCGAAAUAUUCUAGUCGACGGCGCUGGAGUUCUGAAGGUUGCGGAUUUUGGGUUAUCUCGUUCUGGGGUGUACGUGCACACCCGAUCCCGUCCUGUACCCUUAAGAUGGCUGGCUCCAGAGGCGAUAUACAACUCAAAAUAUUGGAGCGCAAGCGAUGUUUGGGCUUUCGCUGUUUUGCUAUGGGAGAUUGCUACUCUAGGCGGCUUUCCUUACGCUGAGUUAAGCAACCGAGAAGUUCCCCAAUUCUUGUCAGAAGGAGGACGGCUGCCAAAGCCAGCGCGCGCUUCGCCCCGUCUCUACCAACUCAUGACCGAAUGUUGGUCCGAAAACGCCCAAGACAGACCAACGUUUACCGAAAUCGUCGAGAAACUGACAGUCCAACAACAAUUGUACGUUGAUCUCGAUUGUGUAUUCCCUCCAAUAGAGGACAACUUCACUACCCUUAGCGAUUACGAUUUCACAAAACAGAACGACAUACACGUUGAUCGGUGACAUACUUAAAGACUGAAUAAUAUUAUUGUUGUUAUUAUUUCCAAUGUUUUACAUAUUAAAUGUACGUAAGCUGUAAAAUUGUUUUUGUUUCAAAAUCUUAUUGUUGUUGUCCUUUCGUGAAUGUAUACAAUGU